CGAGUUCUAUAUAAUGUCCCUUAUCAGUUCAUGGAAAUGAAUCAUAGUUGCUAGCGGCUGACAGCUAAUACAGCCAAGUUGAGGCAACUGAUAUUUCUGUGCACUCUUGAUUUAGAGCGGGGUCAUAAAUUAGGGGUAGCUGAUUUGAAAGCCUUCUUCGGUAUGGCUCCCUACACUAUUCCAAUGUGGUUCUUUCUUAUCCUACUGCCUUUACUGCUUUUUUUCCUCUUGAAGAAUAUUCGAUCUCUCAGAAUACUGAAUAAGCAGCUCCCACCAGGCCCUCCAAAGCUUCCAAUUCUAGGAAAUUUACACCAACUAGGAGAGUUGCCUCACCAAUCUCUGAGGCAACUUUCUGCCAAAUAUGGACCGGUCAUGCUUCUAAAGCUUGGUCGUAUACCCCUUGUUGUUAUCUCCUCUGCGCAAGCGGCAAAAGAUGUCUUAAAAAAUCAUGAUCUUGACUGUUGCAGCAGACCACACUUUACAGGAAGUGGGAAGCUUACCUAUAAUUAUUUAGAUAUGGCUUUUUCACCAUAUAGUGAGCACUGGAGAGAGAUAAGGAAAAUAUGUGUUCUUGAGCUUUUUAGCCUCAAGAGGGUGCAGUCAUUUCACUUCAUUAGGGAAGAAGAAACCGCUUUUCUAAUUAAUUCGAUCUCUGAAUCAGCAGCUUCUGCAACUCCUGUUGAUCUUUCUGAGAAGAUUUUUGCUCUAACAGGAAGUGUCAUUUUCAGAAUGGCGUUUGGGAAGAGAUUUCGAGGGAGUAAUUUUGAUAAUCGGAGAUUUGAAGAAUUGGUUCAUGAUGUUGAGUCUGUAGUGGGAGGUUUCACUGCCAAUGAGUGCUUUCCCUAUAUAGGUUGGAUUGUUGACAGACUGACCGGAUAUUACAAAAAGCUUGACAGAGUUUUCCAUGAACUGGAUACUUUAUUCCAGCAGAUAAUUGAUGAUCAUCUUCAACCCGAGAGGACAAAACGAGAUGCUCAGGAAGAUAUUAUUGACGUGUUGCUGAAAAUAGUAAGGGAAGAAACGGAAUCUCGGCUCACAGAAGACAAUAUAAAGGCUGUUCUCUUGAAUAUAUUUUUGGGUGGAGUAGACACAAGUGCAAUUACUGUGAUCUGGGCAAUGGCAGAGCUAACUAAGAAUCCAAGAUUGAUGCAUAAAGCACAAGAAGAAGUGAGAAAGUGUGUUGGACCGAAAGGAAAAGUGACAGAGUCUGACCUCGACAAACUUGUAUAUAUGAAAAUGAUAAUCAAAGAAACUUUGAGAUUGCAUCCUCCAGCCCCACUCUUACUUCCAAGAGAAGCUUUGUCCCGAUUCACAGUUAAUGGUUACAACAUUUAUCCAAAAACAAUGAUCCAAAUUAACGCUUGGGCAAUUGGAAGAGAUCCCAAAAGCUGGGAUAACCCUGAAGAAUUCUCCCCGGAAAGAUUUAUGAAUAACUCCAUUGAUUUUAAAGGGCAAAAUUUUGAGCUUUUGCCAUUUGGAUCUGGUCGACGAAGUUGUCCCGCUAUGCAUAUGGGGUUAAUUACGACGGAAAUCGCACUUGCUAAUCUCUUGUAUUGUUUUGACUGGAAAUUACCCAGUGGAAUGAAGGAGGAUGAUUUGAACAUGGAUGAAUCAGCUGGGGUGAGCCUCACCGUUUCAAAAAAGAUUCCUCUAAUGCUUGUGCCAGUCAAUUAUCUCCAGCAGCCAUGAGUAAAGAAGACAAAGCUCUACGUUGUCUAAUAAUAUCUAAUAAUUAUAAAUAAUCUCUAAUAAUAUUGCAUUUUAGGAACAACUCAGAAAAUAGUCCUUUAUUGCUCAUGAUUGAAUCUUUUGUUCUGACUCGAGUUAUGUGAAAGAUUCCCUCCAAUUCAUCUUUCAGGCUUUCCAGCUGAAUGUUAUUGGCUUCAGUAUUUGUUCCCUA